UUCAACUCAAACCAAACUGUUCAUACUUGAUUUGCAAGUAUAUUACGGGAAAUGAAGAUACCAAGUAGUUACAAAAAAGAAAGGUUUGGUCAAACAGAAACAUCAACCAAGUAUUGAUUGGAGGAAGCUUCCCAUAGCUCCACAAGCACAAGAACAAGCUCAUCCCUCAUCUUGGAUUAGGUAUGGCGGAGGUUGCGGUUACAAUUGUGGUUGAAAAGCUAGCAGAACUGCUGGUCCAGCAAGCAGCGGAGGCAGUUUCAGAGGUGGAAUGCCCAGAGGGGGUGAGGGAGCAAGUAGGGAAGCUCAAGAACGAACUGGCAUGGAUGCAGGGCUUCCUCAAGGACGCAGACGCUAAGCAAAGCAACGAGCGUGUUCGCAUCUGGGUCUCUGAAAUCAGGGACUUGGCCUUCGAAGCCGAGGAGCUCAUUGACACCUACAUGUACAAGGCAGCCAUGCACACCCGCCACCUGGACAAGCUUUUAAGACCCCUCCACAUGUACAAGCUUGCAAGGAGAAUUGACAGGAUCAUGUCCAAGAUCAAGGACGUCUCCGCCAGGCCCGAAGCUUAUGGCGUCCGAGGCGAAUCGCGCGAGGAUAUUAACCUCACUAGUAUUGAGAGUUUGAGGCACUGGAGGCAGCCAUCGCCUUACUCGGAAGAAGAGUAUGUUAUUGAACUUGAAGAUGACAUUGAGCUGCUGCUAUCUCAGCUUCUUGCCGUGGAGCCAAGGAACCAUGUAGUUUCCAUAGUUGGCAUGGGGGGUUUGGGAAAAACCACCUUAGCCAAGAAGCUUUACAAUCACAGAAGCGUGGUGAACCACUUUGAGUGCAAAGCAUGGGUGUAUGUGUCGAAGGAGUACAGAAGAAGGGAUGUUCUGCAAGCGAUUCUGAGGGAUGUGGAUGCUUCAAGCAGAGAUGAGGCUGACAGGUUGGAGAGGUUGCCGGAGGAAGAAUUGGUGAACAAGCUUCACAGUGUGUUGGAUGAGAAGAGGUACAUGGUGGUUCUUGAUGACAUUUGGGGAAUGGAGGUUUGGGACGGCUUGAAGUCUGCAUUUCCAAGGAGGAAGAUGGGGAGUAAGAUAUUGCUGACAACUCGGAAAUGGGAAGUUGCUUUGCAUGCCGAUGCGAGUAGCAGUCCUCAUCAUCUGAGGACACUGACAGAAGAUGAGAGCUAUAGUUUGCUAUGCAACAAGGUGUUCAUCCCUCCGGAGUUGGAGAGCCUUGCAAGGGAGAUUGUGGUGAAAUGUGAGGGUCUGCCCUUGGCUCUGGUUGUGAUUGGAGGAUUGCUGUCAAGGAAGCACAAGUCAAGUGUGGAGUGGGAUCAAGUGCUGAGGAAUAUCAGCUGGCACUUGCUGCAAGAGCAGGAGAGGAUAGCAAGGAUUCUGGAACUCAGCUACAAUGAUUUACCCUCCCAUUUGAAGUCCUGCUUUCUCUAUUUAGGCCUUUUCCCGGAGGGUCUCAACAUUCAGACAAAGAAACUGCUCAGAUUGUGGGUUGCCGAAGGCUUUUUACCGCAGGAAGGCCAAGAGACGCCGGAAGGUGUUGCUCACAGAUACUUGAAUGAGUUGAUUGGAAGGUGCAUGAUUCAAGUGGGAGCAGUGAGCUCCUUAGGCAGAGUUAAAACAAUUCGCAUCCAUGAUCUUCUCAGAGACCUUUCACUCUCCAAAGGAAAAGAGGAAUAUUUUCUCAAAAUAUUUCAUGGCAACAUGGCACCCUCAUCCACCACUUCUCAAUCUCACUCUCAGCAGCCAACCAGAUCCCGGCGCCUUUCUAUACAUUCUUGUGACGACCGGUAUGACUUCUUAAAACACGGUGCUCAUCAUUCGCGGUCCCUGCUGUUCUUCAACAGAGAGUAUAAUGAUAUAGUGGGGACAAUCUGGUUCCACUGGAAUUUCCUCCAAGAACAGAAAUUGAAUUUCAUCUACAGGAAAUUCAAGCUACUCAGAGUGCUGGAAUUAGACGGUGUUCGGGUUGUUAGCCUGCCAAGCACAAUAGGGGACCUGGUUCAGCUAAGGUACCUAGGAUUGAGAAAGACUAAUCUAGAAGGAAAACUGCCACCUUCCCUUGGAAACUUGAAAAACCUGCAGACACUUGAUUUGAGGUAUUGCUGUUUUCUCAAGAGAAUACCAAAUAUAAUUUGGAAGAUGGUGAACUUGAGACAUUUGCUGCUCUAUACUCCAUUUGACUCUCCAGACAGUGGACAUUUAAGAUUGGAUACAUUAACAAAUCUGCAAAGCCUACCCUACAUUGAUGCUGGUAAGUGGAUAGAAGACGGCGCUUUAGCCAAAAUGAGCAAUCUCAGGCAGCUGGGGAUAUAUGAAUUAUCAGGAAAAAUGGUGAAUUCUGUGCUUUCCACUGUGCAAGGUUUUCGCAACCUUCAUUCGCUAACUCUUUCACUUCAAUCCGAAGAGGAUGAAUUUCCAAUGUUUAGGCAGCUGUCUCAGUGCAUUCAUCUUGAGAAGCUCUCUUUGAUUGGAAAGAUCAGGAAGCUACCCGAUCCACAUGAAUUCCCUCCAAAUCUUUUGAAACUAACUCUGCAUAACUCCCACCUGCAGAAGGAGUCAAUUGCCAAACUGGAGCGGUUGCCUAAACUCAAGAUGCUCAUAUUGGGCAAAGGUGCAUACAAUGUGCAGGAACUGAGCUUCAAUGCUGAGGGGUUUUCGCAAUUGAAUAUUUUGCGGCUUAUUCAGUUGAAAGAAUUGGAAGAAUGGACUGUUGAGGAAAGAGCACUUCCUAGGCUCGAGCACAUGCUUAUUGAUGGCUGUGAGAAGCUGAGAACGAUUCCAGAAGGACUCAAGACUCUCACUUCUCUCAAGAAAAUAAAAAUUAUAGGAAUGCCGGUAGAAUUUGAACAUAGGCUUCGAACUAAUGAUGUGCCGGAGUUCAAGUAUGUUACUCCAGCAAUUGAAUCUUCCAUGGACAUUUUGGCAGUUGAUUAACAAUCAGCACAAUGUUGAUGAGUAAGCACAAACCUUCAUCUAAGGCAUGGAAACAUUUUCAGGAUCUUGCAGAGACCUUGACAAAGCAGUCAUGAAAAUGCAAUCUCAGCAGGGAAGCAGCCAUGCGUGUUUCUUUUGCGACAGCUUUGGCCACAAUGGACUUGACAAUCUCUUGAGCUCUGGGGCAAGACUUGUCAUAAUAUUGCAGGUAGAGGUAACCGCCUACUUUCUUGUCACAAUGGCAGAAGGGUGCAAAGGCUAGUAGAGAAAGAAGCAGGAGAAAGUUCACAGAAUUGGCCAUACUUGUUCCUCUCAUCAAGAUCACAAAACAGAACACAAACUAUAGAGUGAGUAUCUAGAAAGAAAAAAAAUAAAACGUCUUCAAACUUGAUUGGAUGCACAUUGUGAUAAGAACAUGGUAUUUAUAGGAAGAACCUGGCAGAAAAUAAUUGCAUAACAGGAGAAGAGUAAGAAAAAGGUGCAAUGGUAAAAAAAAAAGCUUGGAGUUGGUAGCUAACUAGCUUUCAAAUCCAUUAAAAAAAAGGAAUAUUGGAGUUGUUAAGUCUUGCCUCUUGCUACUGGACAAAAUAAAUUCUCUGUAGUAUUAUCAACAUAAAAAUAGCUUGAGGCUUUUUAGCAUGGUAUAAAGCAAAAGUGUUUAAGCUUAAGCUUAACUAAUUAUUAGAAGGCAUUAUUGGACCCUGGUUCCUACAGUAUUCUUGCAUUGAAAGCUAUGUAUUAUCAUUGGGUGUUUUUAUUAAGACCCGCAUCAAUUCCUUUCUUGCAUUAA